CAAGCUCCUCGCAGCAGAGACGGACUCGCAGAAGCAGCAGAAGAAACAAGAAAGAUACGCCUGUCGCUCGUCUCUUCACUGUAGGCCUCUCGAGUCGCCUGCGCAGCUGCCCGUCUGCUUCUCCCUGCUGCAGCGCCCGACCCUUGACCACGGCUAGCCGUCGACCCCGGACUGACUACCUUCUUUCCCCUCAGAAAACAACAUCACCGCCAGAACUACUACAUAUUCACGCUAUAACUACACCCGCGCCACACAAAUACAGAGAGAGAGAAAGCACCCAGACACACAGCCAUGCUGUCAUAAGUUACUGUAUCUCGACUAUAUAACAUCGUCUGCAGCUCCUCUUUGCUCAGACUCGGCAUCGUUACGCACUGCUCUGCUCGGUCUGGGGCUAUGCUGCCAUAGCUAGUUAGUUGUUUGACCAACUAGUCAACUAUCGAUAAGCGCAAGCAGCAGAGCUGCCAGCUUCAAGAGGGCAGAAGAAGAAAUAUCGAGCUGGUGGACCAUUUUACCACUGCUUGACACGGGCACACACGCACACACAACACACACCCUCAGGCAGAUACACACACGCUGGACCAGUGACACCGUACCACAACAGAAACAGAGUAGUUAAAGGAGCAGAUCGAGCAGGAAAAAAAGCAAAGCAAAGGAGGAUAGCGGCAAGGUAAGUAACUGAUAGUCACUCAGUUUCAAGCAAACAACACUGGCAGAUACCUGUCUCUCUUGUUUUCCGGAGAAGGCAUUUACUGACUCUUUCGCUGCACGGGGGGGCCACCUUCAUAGCUUCUUAACAAAGGUACGGACUCCUGAUAUCCCGCACCAGCAACAUCAGCAUCAGAAGACAUCGGCGUACAGCGCUGUCACGCCCAGCAUGAGCAGUGUACCAGGCUCCGGCUCUGGUGCUGGUACAGGCGCUGACUCUGGAGCUGGCAAUGGUUCCGGCAGUGGCAUUCCAGCUUCGACUUCCCCUUACCCAUUACCAACCACAGCCAUCCCUACCAUCUAUCGCACGCGCAGGUCCUCUUACGCCUCCGUCCUGUCGCGCCAGCCAGGCCAAGCAGAGCACGAGCAUGACGAGCACUACCCUCCGUCUCCGUUCCGCUCAAGUCUAACUCCAUCGUCUAGCACCAAUAACAACGCCAUCCAAGAUACCUCCUCCUCCAGAUCCCGCAACCAAGUCCCUUUCUCCUCUUCCGCACUCCCCACAGAUCCCGCAGCCAUGCAACAACAGACAAACGGCAGCGGUGCUGGUGCAGGCGCAACCGCAAACAGCUGGCGGAGACCAAACUCAAACCUCUCCUUCCAACUGGGUCAGGGCAUCGGCGUGGGACAGCUCCCAUCAUACUCAAAGCAAUUUGAGAAACUGCUCGAACAGGCUGAUAUGAAUGCCCUACCUUUUGGCCUCAACAAUUCGCUAUACCAACAAAACCCAGAAGACUCCUUCUUCACUCCUUCAUACCUCCGUUCGUCGAAAUACGUCGCCCAGCUAUAUGCAGCUCACAAGGCAAAGCUCUCCUCCCAGCGAGAUGCUCAAUCGCAGAGUCAGCAUACGCCUACCCCAGGCUCCUCUGCCCAACAUCUCCCCUCAGCCUCCUCGCUCCCCCUAUCUGCCUCGUCAAGUCAGCUUAACCUACACCGCAUGGCGCCUUCGCACAGAGGAAUGACAUAUGACAUCGUUGAGAGUCAUGGUCCUGGCGGUGACUCGACUGCACCGCUAGAGGGACAGCAACUUACCCCACUACCUUCUCGUUGGAACGAGAGUGAUAAGUACAGCGGCCUGGAUUUGUUAGGAGAAGGGCUAGAGGUACGGUAUAUUGGCCAUGUGCCUAAACAGGAACACGAGGCCGCAGCCGUAAGAGCCGAUCAGCCUAUGCCUGUCAAAUGUGGUAUAUAUUACUUUGAAGUCACUAUUCUCGCCAAACCGAAAGACGGUAUGAUUGGUGUGGGCUUCUCGAAUAAUAAGGCUUCUCUGGAGAGAUUACCAGGCUGGGAGCAGGAAUCCUGGGCCUAUCAUGGUGAUGACGGUAAGACGUUUUUCGGUGACAACCAGGGCCAGGGAAGGUCUUAUGGACCUACAUUUACCGUCAAUGAUACGAUUGGAUGCGGCAUUGUGUUCUCUACUGGAAACGCUUUCUUUACAAAAAACGGGUCUUUCCUCGGAAAUGCGUUCCGUGAUUUGAAGCCCGCGAAGCUAUACCCAUGUGUAGGCAUGAGAAAACAGCCUGGCGCACAUGUCAAGGCGAACUUUGGCCAGUUUCCAUUCAUCUUCGACAUAGAUAGUAUGAUGGCGAGCGAAAAAUAUGAUGUCCAGAAGAACAUCCAGAUGACGGACCUCUCUACCUUGCAUCCCACAUUAGAUGAAUCGGAAUUCAUGCAGAAACUUGUUGCCCAGUUCCUCGCACAUGACGGAUAUGUAGAAACUGCCAAGAUAUUUGCACAGGAAGUUCAGGAUGAAAAGCGUGCUUUGCAAACUUCCGGAGAAGUGUCCAUGAAGGAACUCGAGGUUGAGGAUGAUGUAGAUGCCAUCAACAGACAAAGUAGGCCCAAGCUCCGUCUAAUCCCCAUCAAAUGGUACCAACUAACUUCGUGCGCAGAAAUACGAGCAGCGAUACUAGAGGGAGACAUCGACAGGGCCCUGAAGCUGACAAAUGUACACUAUGCCAGCGUCCUCGGUGACAACCCACACAUCCAUUUCAGACUACGAUGCAGAAAGUUCAUUGAGAUGAUGCGUCGCUGUACUGAGCCGCAGCCUGCCGCAAUCAGUUCAUCAAAUGGCCUGUCGGAACCUACCAGAACAACUUCCGACGGCUUCACACUCGACAUGGAAGUCGAUGACCAAAUGCCUGACGUCGAUACCAAUGAAGCAAUUGCUCCUAGCGACAUGAUGGACACUGAUGCUAGCAACACCAACGAUGCUAACAACGACACCACAACUGUCAAAAAGGACCAAGACCUUUUGCACGAAGCUAUACUGUAUGGCCAACAGCUACAAGCUGACUACUCCGGUGAUGAGAAGGAGCACAAGAAGACCCUGGACGACAUCUUCUCACUAGUAGCCUAUGCGGACCCCAAGACUUCUGUUCACGGCCACUUGCUGGAUCCCAGCGGUCGAGUUGCAGUCGCGGAGGAACUAAACUCUGCCAUCUUAGGUAACGUCCCUCUACACUUGCUUCCCACUACAUCUACUAACAGACUACCAUAGUAUCACUGGGGAAGUCCUCCUCCGCGGCGGUGGAGCGGCUGUACCAACAGAUCGAGGCACUUGUAAACGAACUCAGCGAAGACGGCGGCGCAGGGGCGUUUAUUAACGUCGUUGACGACUACUUAAAAUAGUUUCAUCUCUCAUUCCUACUGUUUUAUCCAUUUUAUCCGGGAUUCAUCAACAUUAACACAUCCAUCGUUAUUCAUUCAUGGGCAUCAUGGCGUCUGUCUAUUAGCCGUACUCAUACUUAUCUCCUCUUAUCCCCCUUUUCUAUUCUUUACCCACAUACCUCCCUGCUUGCCUAUCUAUAUUUACAACUGUACGUCACCGCCCCCUCACGUUUUAUAUUAUUUAUCUAUGCCUCUGUUCUACCCUUGCGUCUAUGCCUGAGUGUCUGGAGUUUGUGCCUCUCUGUAACUCUCCCCUUUUUCGCCUUUUAUAAUGGUUCAACAAUCAAGUGUCUGUCUGCCUGACUCCAGGAAAACUACGGUGAAGUGUGUAGUGAGGAAGUCUAUACGUAGUAAGUAGUUGUUAAUAGCAAUAGAUAAAAGUGAUAAAAAAAAUCCCCAUUCCAUAAGGAAGCGAGUUAAAUCCGAUAUUAAGAAAGGAGGGUAA